AUGAGCUUGAAGACGAGUAUUUUGGGAGGAAUAAGAGCAGGCAUAUAUAGAACGGUGCUGCCAAGUCUCGGUAAGAAUUUUCGUGGAAUUUCGCCAGUUUCUGCCUUCUACAGCACGACAAGUCAACCACAGCAAUAUGAUCUGUUCGAACAGAGAAACACAGAAAAGGCAUUGUUCUCCAGAAAGACCUUCUUGAUGGACUACUACAAGCAUUUAAACGACAGCAAUGACAUUGUGUUGUUUGUACAUCACAAUAAUGUCGCAAAAGCAGACAACAAGAAGGUCAGAUCCGACUUGAAGAAGGCUGGAGCACAAUUGAAUGUCAUUAGAAACAGUAUCUACAACGUCUACUUGAAAUCAGAACACGAAAGUGAUCCAGCAGCUGCUGGAGUUACCAACAAGAACCGUGGCGUGAAACAUCCGUUGUCACCGUUGUUGAAUGGGCCUACUGCCGUGAUCACUAUCCCCAAGUGUGAGCCAUCCGUAGUCAAUGAUGUUUUGAAAGUUAUAAAGAAUGCCCAGGAUAAGUUGAUCUUGAUUGGUGCUAGGGUCGAGUCUUCAGUUUUCGACGUAGUUGAAAUCAACAAGUUCAAGGACUUGCCCAACAAAGAACAAUUACAGGCCCAAUUAGCUGGUUUGCUUACUAUCUUGGGAGGUGCUGGCCUCGUCAGAACUUUGGAAACAGCUUCCUCGGUGUUAUACUUGACGAUGGAGCAACGUCUUAAGGACCUCGAUCCAAGCGAAAAGAGCGAAGAAGAGUCUCUGUAG